GAUCUCAUUGAAUAGUUUUAAAACACUUUCGAGUUGUCGAUGUCAGAAGCUAUUCAAUGAUUAUGGUCAUGGUUUUGCGUAUUUUUCUAUUUAUUGGUUUUUGUGUAGCAGCCACAUGUGGCGAAAGUUAUUUGAAGAUUACCAAAAUUGUGUGCGAAACACAUCCGAGCUUUAUUCACAAUCAUUCGUGUGCCCUGAAACCGGUUAAUCGUUACAAAACUUUCAUUUUGAUGGACUGUUGGAUAAAGACUCAAUUAAGGAACUCAUCGGUAAACCUGGCAUUGUAUGUUCGAAACAGCGCGAAUAUCUAUAAACCAUUCGUAAUUAAUGCAACAAUUAACGUUUGCCAGCUCUUUGCCAAGAGUACGCAGGGUGCUUAUGGAAAAAUUAUAAAAACAAUUUUCAGCAGAUUCACCAACAUAAAUCAUUCUUGCCCCUUUUCGAUAAUCUUUGGCGAAACUAUUCUUAAAUCUACGAAAAUUGUGUGUGAAACACAUCCGAACUAUAUACACAAUCACACAUGUGCCCUGAAGCCGAUUAAUCGCUAUAGAACCUAUAUUCAAAUGGACUGUUGGAUAAAGAAAGAAUUGACAAAUACAUCGGUAAACUUUGCCGUAUACACUCGAAACAGCGCAAACAUCUACAAACCGUUUCUAAUUAACGCAACCAUUAAUGUUUGUCAGCUCUAUGCUAAGAAUAUGCAGGGUCCAUAUGGAAAGAUUUUAAAAACUAUAUUUACUAGAUUUACGAAUAUUAAUCACUCCUGUCCCUAUUCGGGCAACAUUGUCGUCAAAAAUGCCUAUUGGGAUACUUCGCUUUUGCCGGUGGCUUUACCCCCAAAUUCAUAUAAAAUUGUUUUAACAUUUUAUGAAGAUUAUCCAAAAACAAAUUAUGGUUUUGUGGCAUACUAUAUUGAAUAUAUAGAUAUAAAAGCUAAGCCCCGUAAAGGAUAAAGGAAAAGUGGAGGAAAUUCUCUGCUGAA